AUGUUAAUUUCAAUUAUGAGUAGUGCGGGUUUACCGGUUUUUGGUUUUUUUGACCAGAGUACUUGCAUGGAUUUGAUUGUCUCAAUUCCUUGGUGGAUUGUCCUACGGCAUACUUGUGCCUUUUUAAUUUAUGGGCUAGCAGCUGCCCAGUGGCCUCAAAUGAAACAUGAAGAAAUUGCUUUUCGUUACUGUGAUAAAGAUUCAGCGAUGGUAGUAUUUACCUUAAUUUUCUGGUGUGCGAUUUUGUUUCAUUAUACCAUAUCUGCUGGCAGAGUUGAAAUUGAUUGGAACAGGGGAUUGUUCAAAGCUCGUGGAUGGUUGGUUAAGCGAACUCGCCGUAGUCAUCGAGCACUUCUUACACUGUCGUUAGCUAUUUCGUCUGCUGUUAUGCUGCAAGUAUGCAUUUUGCAUAGAAGGCUUCUUCGGGAAGUAGGAGCCGCACCAAAAGCUGAUCAGCCAUUCCUAAGGCUUGAGUUGAUUUUGCUGAAAGCUGACGUGAUACUUUCUUCACUGUUUGGUAUUUACAUAGCCGUAAGGCUUUGCUUGGAGCCCAACGAUGUGUUUAAAGAACACCGAAAUCAAGGAGGAAUACCACGUGACUUGGAAAACGUUGAAAUUCUCCCUGCUGCUGAUUUGAGUACAGGUCCCAUUGCAGAGACAUCGAAUAGUGAGGGAGUUAGCGAGCGCGUUGAACAUAUCUGUACAAACAUAGAUGCUUUGUCAGAGUGUAAUAUAUGUACCCAGAAACUAGCGAAUUGUUAUUUGAGUUGUGGUCAUGCGAUAUGUUGCUGUUGUGUUGCCAGAUUGUUAGUCUCUCAGGAGACUUCACUUCAUUGUCCAUACUGCCGCCAGUUAAGUACUGUCGUCAAACAACUUAAAGUAUCUUAUAUUGAGGGUGCUGAGAUAGUUGAAACUUCUCCUUGCAUGCAGAAUGAAAUUUUAUGA